UGCUAAAGUGCUAAGUGGCUACUUUCUGCACCGCCGCUUGUCUUGUGUUGUUCCAACAGGGGGAACAGAGCAGUAAACACCAGGAAACCCGUUAAAACCAGUUAAAGAUUCUCCGGAGGGGCUACGGUUCGGAGGCCGGCCGCGGUGAUGGCUCUGCAGGGCCCGGAGGAGCUGGGGGAGCAGGUCGAAGAGCCGGAGGACCUGGACGACCAGGACGCUAGCAGCAUCUCCCCGGCCGAGGAGAUGACGCUGCCCGCCGGGCCUGGAGGCGACGACGAGCCGGAGGAGGCCCUGCUGCUGCCCUGGGACCGCUUCUCCGCCUGGCUGCACUGCAUCUGCGUGGUGGGCUUCGACCUGGAGCUGGGGCAGGCCGUGGAGGUUAUUUAUCCACAUCAUUCCAAACUGUCAGAGAAAGAGAAAACAAGCAUCUGCUACCUGUCCUUUCCUGACUCCAACUCAGGUUGCCUAGGCGACACCCAGUUCUGCUUCCGCUUCCGCCAGGGCUCCAACAGGAAGUCGUCGCUCGGCUGCUUCCUGGAAACCGCUGACCGAGACGCUCCGCUCUGCCUGAAGAGGGACCAGGGCCAUUACUAUGGCUAUGUGUAUUUCCGUCAGGUGCGGGACAAGUCUCUGAAGAGAGGAUACUUCCAGAAGUCCCUGGUGCUGAUCAGCCGGCUGCCCUACGUCACGUUCUUCCACUCUCUGCUGAAGAUUCUGGCUCCAGAGUAUUUUGAGAAGCAGGAGCCGUGUCUGGAGGCCGCUUGCAACGACAUCGACCGCUGGCCGACGCCCCAUCCCGGACGCAUCCUCACGCUGCCCAUCAUGGGCGUGGUCAUCAAGGUUCGAAUCCCGACCUGCUACGACAAACCAGGAACCUCACAGCUGGUCCAGUCUGCACAGAGCGACAGCCUGGUGUCCAUCGUCCUGCCCACCAUCCACGAGGUGGACCUCUUCAGGUGUUUCUACCCCGUCUUCUUCCACAUCCAGAUGCUGUGGGAGUUGGUGUUGCUAGGGGAGGCCCUGGUCGUCAUGGCGCCGUCACCCGCCGAGUCGUCCGAUACCGUGCUGGCAUUGGUCAGCUGUAUCUCUCCUCUGCGGUACUGCAGUGACUUCCGGCCGUACUUCACCAUCCACGACAGCGAGUUUAAGGAGUACACCACCAGGACGCAGGCCCCGCCGUCAGUCAUCCUGGGAGUGACCAACCCGUUCUUCGCUAAAACGCUGCAGCACUGGCCGCACAUCAUCCGCAUCGGAGACAUGAAGCAAGCAGGUGAGAUGGCGAAGCAAAUGAAAGUGAAGAAACUGAAGAACCUCAAAACUCUGGACUCUAAACCUGGUGUGUACAGUGCAUACAAGCCCUAUCUCAACAAAGAUGAAGACAUCAUCAAACAGCUUCAGAAGGGCGUUCAACAGAAGAGACCCUCGGCGGCCCAGAAUGCAAUUCUCCGCCGCUACUUCCUGGAACUGACGCAGAGCUUCAUCAUUCCACUGGAGCGGUACGUGGCCAGUCUGAUGCCCCUGCAGAAAUCCAUCAGCCCGUGGAAGAGCCCUCCUCAGCUCAGGCCCUUCGUCCAGCAGGACUUCAUGAAGACGCUGGAGAAGGCCGGACCUCAGCUGACGUCCAGGCUGAAAGGAGACUGGAUCGGACUGUACAGGCAUUUCCUCAAGUCUUCCAACUUCGACGGCUGGUUCCGCAACAGGAGGAGAGAGAUGACGCAGAAGCUGGAGGCGCUGCACCUGGAGGCGCUGUGCGAGGAGGACCUGCAGCAGAGGAUCCAGAAGCAUACGGAGGUGGAGGCGGUGGAUCUGGUCCUGAAGCUGAAGGACAAGCUGAGCCAGGCGGAGCGCGAGCAGCUCCCGGUGCGUCCCGGGACCCUGGCCAAGCUCCAGGCCCACAUCGAGGCCGUCAUCCUGGCCUUACCCGAGGACCUGCAGGGCAUCCUCCACAAGCCCUCCACUCCCUGACCUUUGACCUGUGACCUCCAGCCUCCUCCCCCCUGACUCUACACCCCCUGGACAGUGUGUUUUAAUGAGCCUGGCUCCCGGGCGGAGAGACUACACGUGCACCGUCCGGCUCUGGGAGGAAGUUUACGGGACGUCUGCGUCGGCCCGGGCCGGAGACCACGCCGUGCAUUUUAAUGUUUGUUUUUAGGAUUUUGAAGUUUGAUUAUUUUGAGUUGAACAGAGGACGCACUGCUCAGGCUGACAGCGAGGAAGCAAGAGCAGGAUGACAACCCCAUGAUGACCUUUGGCCCCCAGUGUUCACCUCUUGAUGUUUUUUUUUUUUUUUUUUUUUUUUAAACUUUUUAACUUUGAGCGUGGACUCGACCGCCGACCGCUGCAGCAGGAACUGUUUUCAUCUGUUUUUUUUUUUAAUUUUUAAUUUUAUCAAGUGCACUUCAUUCCUACAAGGACCUACAUGCUCCUCCGUCACUCACACACACACACACACACACACACACACACACUUUAUGCAAACAGACUGAGCUGAGCAGAGCCAAGUAGUGCUUUAUAAUUUACUUUUACAAGAAUACUGACCAUUUACUGCACACACACACACACACACACACACACACACACACACACAACACACACACACACACACACACACACACACACACACACACACACACACACACACACACACACACACACACACACACACACAGCAUUAAGCACCAGCUACCCUAUAACAGCUUUUUCAGUCAGUUCUUAAAGUGCUUGUUGUGUGUGUGUGUGUGUGUGUGUGUGUGUGUGUGUGUGUGUGUGUGUGUGUGUGUGUGUGUGUGUGUGGGGCCGUCGGCUCGGACGCUGUGGAACAGGUGCACUCAGGAGCCAAUCAGAUGCCUGCGUACAGGUCAGGUGAUCUUCCUGUAGCCUAUCACAGUGGCAGUAAACAGAGAAUAAGUUCAAAGUUCAAAACUUGAACGUGCAAAAAAAAAAAAAAUGUUCUGGCAGCUUGUGGUUAUUAUGGGAUGUGUUCCUGCUGCUGGAGCUCAAACUGAACUCCCACUCGUCUCCUGUCAAAUGAAAACCUCCUGACUCCAGUCGUGGUGAUUUUCAUGCUUUUAUUUUGAAGCUCAAAUCCGUAAAUUCCCACUUUUUUCCUGCUUUUCCUCCUGAAAACAGCAGCAGGUCAUUUGACUCUCUGGAAAAACAUCCCCUUUCAUCAGGUUACGUGACUGUCAAUCAUGAACUUUAACGAUGUAAUUAAGCAAUAAUAUCACAUGCUGCUAGCACAUCAGGCUGGACAGUUAUUAUUAUUUUCAGUGUAAGCUGGUAUGCUAACUAGCUAGCAGCACUCAGCUAUCCAGCUCACGUUCUUCCUGCCUGGUUCAAAUUUCCAACAUAUUCAGAAAAAUAAAACAACGAUUCAUUACUGGAGAAAAAAACGUCCCAGGUGCUGUCUUGGUUUUAAAGUUUUGGGUUAAAUCCCCUUUUUCCCGACUUCCCGACAGACUGGGACCAGAUGUUGGACACCGUAGACUCCCAUAGACUUCAAGUCUUUAUGCUAAGCUAACAGGAAAUGCUAACCACAGCAGCUGAACCACUGGACGUCCAGAGGUGGACAUGGUGUCCAACAUCUGGUCUCAGUCUGUUGGGAAGUCGGGGAAAAGGGGAUUUUGCCCAAAACGUUGGAUCUUCUGUUGGAGUUUACAGGAGCUCAGGAGCCUCUGUGCCCGUUUGCCGGGAAGUUUUUAGAAAAGCCGGUGGAUGGAAGCUAAAAUACUUUGGCACUAAAGUUAAAAAAAUCAUGGAGGUUUUCAUUUGAUAACACUGACAUGAAGAGUUCAUGUGGGAAAUCAUCACUUACUCAUUCUUGAGGAAAAAUAAGAAAACAAAAGCAAGAAGUUCACCAUUCAUUCAUUCAUUCAUUCAUUCAUUCAUUCAUUCAUUCAUUCAGUCUGGAGGACCCAGAAUGAAAAAACUGUCCUGUGUAUCUCAGCAGGGUCUGAGGCCGCCUGCUGUCCCGUCCCGGGGAGCUGAGCUCAGUUUGUUGUGAGGAGCAUCGCUCUGUCCUGAGUGGUGGCUCUCUGAUUGUGGAAGGAAACCUUCACUGUACUUCACAAUAUCACAGAGAGGGGAUUUAGACUUAUUUUACUGAUCAUGUGAUCACGUUCCCACUUAAGGGAACACGUCAAUAUUUUGGGUUAAAUCCCCUUUUCCCAACUUCCUCAGACUGAGACCAGAUGUUGGACACCUCUGGACGUCCAGGGGUGAAAAUGGUGUCCAACAUCUGGUCUCAGUCUGAGGAAGUCCCAGACGGAGAUUUUGCCCAAAACAUCGGAGUAUCCCUUUAAGAGCAGGACAUUCUUGGCCCCGCCUCUCUGUGUGUCCUUUAAAUGUCCAGUGAAGGCAGCUACAUGUGAAGAACCUGACCAGCAGCUUCCACUGGUUUUCCCAGCCGACCUCUCCGAGCAGAGGCAGAGCUUUGAGGUGAAGGUUGUUCCCCUGGUGGCAGACACAGAGGUGCAGUCCACAGCUGCAGGUGAGGCAGCGUCUGUGUGACGGCAGGUGGAGGCAGAACAUAGACCCGCGUCGUGGUUUGGGUUCGCUUUUUUUGAACGGCUCCAAACGACGCUGGUGCCUUUUCUAACGACACUAGAACAAAACCAGAGCAGAACCAAAGAGCAGAGGACCUCUGUUCCUCCUGUCCCACCUGAGCUCGUCUGAAUCUUCACGGCCAAGACCGGAAAGACCACAGAACCAGAGCGGAGUAGAACCGUCAUCGCUCCGGGUGCACGACAACAUGCUGAUCGUAGUUUAACCCAGCUGCUCAGCAUCGUCACAAACGCCUUUUACUGGACAGAGCUCCUUAAAUACGACACACAGGCAGAACCAGGCUAACGACUCCCAUAGGCUUCAAGUCUUUAUGCUAAGCUAACAGGAAAUGCUACCCAUAGGAGCUGAACCAAGAAGCUAGCCCGUUACCAUGGCAACAAUACACAUAAAUAAUGGCCACCACUCCGACCGUCCUGGUGUGUUGAUUGAAUGGGACAGACGGUUGUGCUCCAUUGGAGUUCAGUGGUAAAGGCUGUCCCACUGCUUUGAACGGGACAGGCUGAGGUGCAGACGGCUCACUGAAGAACUAAAUUUACUCAGAUUACUCUGCUGAAUAACCACUACUGAUGAACAUGUAACCACGGCGACCGUCCUGCCCACUGCUGGGAAGACUGUUGCCCUCAGACAGAAAAAAAAAAAAAAGAGAGAGAGACAGACGGUCCGUUUGGAUUAUUUUUUGAUUAUUUUUUUGAUCAUUGAUCGCUGACGUGUCUGACAGAAUUGGAGAAUGACGAUAAUGACAGCAAUAACAAAUGAAUGUUCUCAUCCAGAAGUGUACUUAUUGCUGUGGCUGCAGUGUUUUCACACACACACACACACACACACACACACACACACACACACACACACACACACACUGCACCAGCAGCACGUCUGAAGACUUCACAUGGAUUUAGCCGGGGCUCAAACACAUGGAUUUAGUUUGUUUUUCUUUUCUUUCCCUGUUAAAGUCGUCAUGUGACACGUGUGUGACAACCGCUUUGGAAAUUGCCUUUUUUUUUUUUUGUGGGAUGGAAUAAUUGUUUAAAAAAAAAAAAAAAAAAACUGUAACGUGCUGGUUGUAAAAAACCUCUGACAUCUGGUUGUUGCGCAACCAUGUUAAGUUUUAUAUUUGUACAAAAAAAAAAGACUUAUUUUAACAACUUUGAAUUUUAUACAGAGGGCUAUUCUCAUAUUCCACUCUGCCAGAGAAUUAACAGUUUUGUACAUAAUACUGUAAAAUGAAAUUGUGGCCCAGAUAUAAGGAUGUACAAUAAUUAUUUUGUUAUUGCAGUAGAUGUUUUACUAAAUACAGAGAUAUUGUUGAAGACUG